CAACCCAGCUCGUAGGGUAAUGUACAUACGCCACUCCUGGCUAUGACGGUUCGUUUCAACUGCCCUGCCCUUACAAAGUUCACGUUGUCUACAGUGCUAUGCCGAUAUGGUGCCUGUACCUAAAGAACUUCAAUAAUUCUGAGUUAUUGCCGUUCUACUAGUUGCAAUAGCUAUUAUUAAGCCCAAUUAACUGCAGCAUAUAUCCUUGCUUAGCCUCACAACAAGUGUACUAUGGAGAGCUUAAGCGAGCAUGAGGCAAUGCGUGUCCUUCAGGCUGCGGCAGCGCUGGACGCUAUAACACGCGUGAAUGGGACCCGCAAUGGUGCCAUUGCACCUAGCUGGCCACCUCCUGCGUCCACACAACAACAGCAACAACAGCCGCAGACAGGUUUUCCUGACCUGCCAAGUUCGGCAUCCCAGGGCCUGGGUGAAGACGGGUACGGCGAUUUGGCUGAGACGGAAAGCGGACAGCAGAAACGGCAAGGCGACCUUGAUAGCUGGUUGGAUGUGUUUCGUGCCACUGCCACCAGCGUGCGCAACGCCUGGCGCCAAACCGAGGCGCCGCUCAGCUUUGAGUCGCUCGCAUUCGGAUGGCUGGCCCUAGCUCGCAAGCACGAGCCGCUGCCCUGCGUGCCCCCCGCUGCGGCCGGGGAGGAGGUGACGGACGCUUCCAGUCUGCCCCCCGGUUGGCUCUCGGAGGCUCAGUGGGCGCUGGCGGCCUACAUGACCUCCUGCCCAGGGGGAGGGGGAGGCGGGGCGGCGGCGUCGGGGGAGGAGCAGCUGAGGAGUUUGCUGGGGCUGCAGCCCGAGGACCUGCUCGUCUACCGCCCCACCCCAAGCGGCUGGCGCCCCGCCUUCUUCAUCGCCGUACACCACCCCUCCCGCACCGUACGGGUUGUCGUACGCGGCAGCAGCAGCCUGCGCGACCUGCUGACUAGCCUGGCGGGGCACUGCAGCCCGCUGCCGGCGGGCGUGAUGGGGGGCGGCUACGCUCACCACGGUAUCCUCUCCGCCGCCAC